GCAGCGUCAUUCUCUCUCUCUCUCUCUCUCAUUGGCAUUUCUGGCGUAUUUUGAUUUGGGGCAAUUCUUUGGAGUUUUUGGAUUCUGGGUUCUUUUUUGUUUUCCAUAUUAUCAAAAGAACUAAUCUUUUUUCAUUGGAUGAUUUUAGCUUUGCAUUUUCAAAUUUGGGUUUUCUUUGUGCCAUUUCAAUGCUGUUAAUUCUUUGUUUUUAACUAAUAUUCUGUAAAAGUUGCUAGAGUUGCAUUUUCUGCUUCUAAUUUUUCACAAAAAGGUACAUUCACUUUUGAUAUUUUCCCCCUUUUGUGUUUUUUUGCUUAACUUUUUCUCCCCUAUUUACCUUUUUUUUCCCUCUCCUGCCUGAUGAUCCUUUAUUGAUCUUGAUGCAGCUUGAGUGCUUGUUCUUUUGCCCACGCCUCCUUUUUUGGGAUUCUUCUUCUCACCACUUUUAUUUGUUUUGAAAAUGGUUCAUUUUUAUUGUGAUGCGUACAUCCGUUUGACUGAGGUACAGGAUGGGGGAUCAUUUUGUGUUGUUCGUGGAUCGGUUGAUCACUGAAUCUACCCUCGAAGCUGUUAUAGAGAGCACAUAUCAGUUGCAGCACCCAACACCCACAACAAUCCAAGAUAUCAUGGAAUCUUCCCAUCAAAUAGAUAUGAAUACCCUGUCAUCUCCUAGUAAAUUUGUACAGUGUAGGAUUUGCCACGAUGAGGACGAUGAUUCAAACAUGGAAGCACCAUGUUCUUGCUGUGGCAGCUUGAAGUACGCUCACCGCAAAUGUGUUCAGAAGUGGUGCAACGAGAAGGGUGAUACAAUUUGUGAAAUUUGCCACCAGCAAUUCAAGCCAGAUUAUACAGCACCGCCUCCUCUAUAUCAUUAUAGUGGUAUCCCAAUGAACUUCCGGGGGAACUGGGAGAUUUCCAGAAGGGACCUGCACAAUCCUGGAUUUAUAGCAAUGGUUACUACUGAUAACGGAUACCUGAAUACGGACUUUGCUGAUGAAUACUCAGCUCCUUCUUCAAGAAGCUUGAUAUGCUGUCGUAUAGUUGCUAUCAUCUUCAUGGUUCUUCUGGUUUUACGCCAUACUCUUCCAAUCUUAAUAAGUGGAGCAGGAGAGUACUCAUUGACGUUAUUCACAUUAAUGGUGUUGAGAACGAUUGGAAUUCUUUUUCCAAUCUAUAUCAUGGUUAAAGUAUUCACUGUUAUCCAACGUCGGCGGCAUCAACAGGAUCCUCAGAUUUCCCUUGCCACAUCAGACGAAGAGAAUGACUUUGCAUAUCCAUCACGUUUUAUUCAAAUUCGAUAACUGAUUCAGCCACUAGUCUUGGCCGGAGAAUCAUUUACUAUUGCUGCAACAUCCCGAAAAAGGGCUCGAGAACCAAGAUCUCCAGUUGUUUGUAAUGCAGAUGAAAGUUGUGGCCGAAGGCAAUGUUCUUACAUCGUCAGUUCAGGACAAUGUGCUAGAAGCAUACGCAAACCCUUUCCUUGCCGUGAUUCGGAAACCUGUGUAUAUGACAGCAUUGGGUAUGAGCCUUUUUAUUUUCAAGUACUUUCAUACGAAAACUAGGAACCUAUACUUUAAAUGCACAUGUAAAUGUUAAUACUGUAAUUCGAUGUAUUUCCGUAUCCAAAAAGGGGACCCAGAACAUGAAUCAAUGAUUCCUAUGAAGAAGAGCAGUUUGCACUUGGCAGUGCAAGCAACAAAACAUGCUUCAUGCAA